UUGUGUAGCGGAGCCGGGGCACUGGCGGCGGCGGCUGUUGUUGCUGUUGAGCCCCGGGUACAGCGAGCGCUGGGAUGAUGCGGAAUGCGGAGCGAUAUGCUGUCAGUCAGAGACCUCUACAGACUGCUGGGCUUACCCAGAGCCUCGGAAACAAUCCAUCUGGCCCUGAUAACUUUGAGAAGAUGGACGAAAAUGCCAUGGAAUGUGAUGAAGCUCCUCAGACAAAUGGAGAAAGGAAUCAAAUUAAACUCUCCUCCAUACAGGAUAAUGGGGUCAAGUUGGACAAACAUGCAACGGACCAGGAAAAAGCGAAAAAGAAAGCAGAACGACGAAGGGCCAAAAAAAAGCGACAGAAAGAAAGAAGAAAACUAGAAAAAGGGAAAAGCAGUGAAGAGAACAAUCAGGAAAAUGAAGACAGCGAUAGCCAUGAGGAGAGCGAAGAAACUGUUAAAAUGCAGAACGUUCCGGAGGGUCUGGAAGGAGGGAAGAAGAAGUCACAGCCACUGGACGGCAUUGGGAAUGGAAACAGUAUACCUGCACCCGUGAUGAUGGAUGAGGAGCCUGAAUGGGAUGUAAGCAGCGCUUUUGUAGCCAAUGCUGCCAGUCACAUUAGACCCAAGAGCAAAGCCAAACCUGACAAAAAGUCAAAGGAAAACAAAGAGAAUGAGGCUAAAAGCCAUGAGCUCACUGAUUUGGACCCAUUAAUACUGAAAAGCAGGCAGCUGGCUGAGCAAGGGAUUGACUUGGCUAAACAAGGCAACUAUUCUAAGGCUGUCGAGCUCUUUACAGAAGCUGUCCAGUUUGAUCCCAAGGAUCACAGAUAUUUUGGAAAUCGAUCCUAUUGCUAUGACAGACUUCGGAAGUAUAAUCUUGCACUAGAAGAUGCUGAAACCUCCAUCAGGCUUGCUGCUGACUGGCCUAAAGGCUACUUCAGAAAGGGAAGAGCACUACUUGGAAUAAAGAAGUACACUGAGGCAGAAUCUGCAUUUGAAGUGGUGCUGCAGUUGGAUAAAGACUGUGAUGAUGCUGUCAAUGAGCUUUUCAAAGUUCGUAUGUUUAGGCUAAUGAAUAUGGGUUUUACCCAGCAACAAAGCUUAAUCGCACUACAGCAACAUCGAACCGUCGAGGCUGCAUUAGACUCUCAUUUAGUGUUAAAGUUUCAAAAACCAAAUCCUGGGACCUUGGAGAUGCCUGAGGAGGAAGAUCGUUUAUUUUUAUUCAAUUUUCCUAUAAUCGAGGAUCAAACCGAGCUGCCUUGUGCAUCGUUAUGGAUUGGAAAUGUUACUGUUCACGUCAAAGAGAAACAGCUUAAAGAUCUGUUUAGAAAUUAUGGGGAGAUCGAAAGUAUCCGGGUAUUACAUGAGCGUUUCUGUGCAUUUGUCAACUUUAAGUGCCACAUGGCAGCUGCUAAAGCAUUGGUGGCAUUGCAGGGGAAAGAAAUAGAAAACACAAAGCUGCUAAUCAGAUAUCCUGACAGACAUCUGAAUAAACAAAGCUCCCCACUGCAGAAGUCCCCUGUCCCGGUGCAAGUGUCAGUCCAGCCAAAAAUAGUGACAGCGUCAUCAUGCGGGGUGAAGCGUCGAGGUCCAGUGGAGGGUGACGAAUGCUACUUUUGGCGUACUACUGGCUGCCAUUUUGGAGAUAAAUGCCGCUACAAGCACAUUCCUGACCACAGAGGAGUUGACAAAAAGCCCUGGCAGCACUGAAGGAGCCCUGCUCUACCCGAAGACCAAAUAAAAAAGCAAAGUAUUAAGGAUGCACUAACUCCAGCACAGCUUUCCAAACCUCAGGGCCGAUUUGACGGUCAUUAGUACCACUCAUUAGAUCCAUCGUUCUGUCUUUUUGAAAGCAGUUGGAAUUGGAUAUUUGCACUCCAAAUCUAACCUGUUGGACUAAGUACAAGUACUGUAGGGUUGAGGAAAAAUUGAUUUUUGACACUCUUGAUUCCAGUUUUUGGGACACAUUUACCUCUCUCACUCUGAAGUGUGUUGCAUAUACUUGUGUGGUAUUUCAAAGCUCCAUUUUGUUCGGGAUAUUCCAAAUGAAAAACACAAGUUUUGGGAGCAGCUAAAAAUCCCCUCUCUCCCCUUGUGCAGUGUCCCUUUUUUGAUCUUUUGUCUUCAUCCAUUUUCAAAUAUGUUCAGUGAUUUCCUUGAAAUAUUUCCAGGGUGCCUUGACUCAUUACCUUGCACUUGCCUUGGGUUCUGAGUUUGAAUCUGAUGCAUGUAGGAGGAGGGCCCUUUACCCUUCGGAGCCUGUUCCGUCAUUCAGUGUGAUCACAGCUGAUAUACGACCUAAGUCCAUCUACCUGCCUUUUCCUAAUGUCCCUUCACCCCUUUGAUUGACAAAAAUUGGUUUAUCUCAGAUUUAAAAUUUGCAAUUGAUCUAGCAUCAGUUGCUGCUUUCAGAACAGAGUUCCGAACUUCUAGCACCCAUUGUGUGUCUAAAAGUGUUUCCUAAAUUUAUUCCUGAAAUGACUAGUUCUACGUUUUUGACUGUGCCCCCUAGUUCUAGACUCUCAACCAGCAGAAAUAGUUUCUCUCUAAGUCCUCUCUUCAUAUCUUGAAAAUUUUGAACAAAUCACCCCUAAAUUCCAGGCAGUCCAAUGCUAAUUUGUUUAAUCCCACCUCAUUAGGUUAAACCUUGACAUUCAGGUAUUGUUCUGGUAAAUCUAGGCUGCAGUGCCUCGAAGGCUAAUAUAUUCUUCCAAUAUAUCCCUCCUAAGAUGUGUUGCCUGCAACUUGACACAGUAUCCCAGGUGUGGUCUAACCAGGACUUUGUAUAUCUGGAACAUAACAUAUACUCCUUCGUAUGUUAAUCCUCUGGAUAAAGAAGAUUUGAGGCAAUAAGUUGAAAUGUCUUGGAAGGGUGUUUCUGCAGAAGCACUGAUACAGCAACACAAUGGGGAGAAUUACAUACAACCCAUUACAUGAAGCAAAGUUUAGCCUCUUUGUUUGGUGCGAGGAAGUCUCCCAAGAUAGUUGGACACCGCUUUCAUGUCUCUAUAUUUUCCCCUUGCUUCAAGUUAUCCGAACUUGCCUUCAGCCUGCCUGGACUUUCCUCUUUUCUUCAAAGGUGAGACCCACAGCUCCCAGAUCAGCCAUGUCUCAAACAUAAAGCGAAGCCCUGUCAGUGCUGGAGAUUCUGAGGUAAAAUGCUGGAAACCCUCUGUGGGUCACGCCACACCUAUGGCGAAGGGGGAAAGUAGGGUUAAUGUUUCAGGUCAGCCGCCUUCCCUUAGGACCCUGUAUCCUUUUGGCAGCUGCAAGAAGGCUUGAGAUACUGUCCAUAAGACAUAGAAGCAGAAGUAGGCCAUUUGGCCCAUCGAGUCUGCUCUACCAUUCAAUGAGAUCAUGGCUGUUCUGAUAAUCCUCAACUCCACUUUCCUGCCUUUUCCCCGUAACCCUC